AUGGAGACUCAAAAUUCUGCCUGGCAGACCACUGUCAUUUUUCGACGGCUGAGACUGCUACGGUCUAGCAGCCCUCCCCCCCACCCCCGAUGGCGUCCGGGUCAGGGCGACGACGAUAGUGACCCUCCCCACGGAGUCUACGCCUACACUGACCCCUUCAAGAUCCAAUACAAGUCAACCAACCACGGAACCAGAUACAAACUUCCCACUAUCUACGGCGGCAUCCCCUGUGUCACUCCACGAUGCGGGAAGUGCACUAGUGCCUUCCCCGAACUUCUCCUAUUCCAUGAGGAAUGCUUCUGCCUGUAUCGCGAGAAGCAUCGGACGCCGGACUUCCUUGAAUAUCUGUGGGAGUUCGCGGCGUUCAAGCACCCCUGGCGUGGGGCGCCGCCCUUGGACUUCUUGAUGCAUCCUGAGAUUAACAAGGGCUUGUUGAAAAUUGUGGCUAACAGAUGUGGCUUGUCGAUCUUGAUGCAGCUCACGAAAGAGCUUUUCGACAAGAUCUAUGGGUAUUUCUCAGAAACUGAAUUCUGGCGUUAUUUGCGAGUCUUCCACUCCAUACGCGUUAUUACCUCUACCUGGAAAGCCCGCAUGCGAGCAUUUAGUCUACAGAACAUCGUCUCCUGGGAGCGAGGGGGCAAGCUUGAGUGUGUCGAUAGCAAAAAUUCCAGAACUCGAAAUACAUACUGGAGGAUAACAGUCGACCGGCAUGGUAUCCAAAAGAUCGAGCGGCUUCUUGAGCGACCUGAGUACAGAGCGACCUACUCAGACCAGUACGCCUAUGUUCUUGAGAAGGAAAUGUCCAUUUCCGAGGUCGAGGCUCAGAUCAAGGACGGCCAACUCCGCCUCAAACGCCCCAAAGACUGGCACUGGGCCGCCGUCAGCAACAUCAACUGCGCACUCCUCCGCGCAGUUGAUCUCGCUCAGGUCAGAGGCCUAACCUUCUUCUUCGAGUGGCCCGGCUACAGACUCGUCGGCAUACACGCCCACCACACCGCCAGCUCAUGCGCCCUCAAGACGGCAAACACCUUCCCCUGGGAGCAGCGUGGCCGUCUCACAUGGGUGUACGUCCCUGUUCCCAAGGCCGACCGCCUCAUUGCUGUAGAUGCUAUCUCAUUUCCACAAGAAAUGGCAGGCAUCCACGGCUCCCAGAGGACAGUCAGCCUGCCCCUCGAAGGAAGGGAUUUCCACUUCCUCGCUGCCUACCCUCGCCUCUCGUCCGAAGAAGACCUAACAGGUCUGUCCUUGUCCCACUCACCACACAAACUCCCCCUCCUCCCCUCGAAGUUCACCACCCUCCCCAACAACACCACCCCAGCCCUCGUCUCCGGCACCUUCUACUCCUGGGCGCCCCUGCAGAAUGUUGUUUCCGCACAAGUCUUCUCCCAUCCCUCAAACAACCUUGUCCAGGGUAUUUUGCUCACCUACCGCGACGGCACCUCCCGUUGCGUGGGCCAAUGCCGACUGCACGUCGACCCCUCCAUAACUUACACCAACCCACAAUCCCUCCUCUGUUUACGUAAGAAAGUCAUUGUCCACACAAACCACAUAGGGAGGACUGUAAAGGAGGAAGGGUGUGUGAUUGAGUUUGUGGAUGUGAGUGUGGCAGAGUUUAGAAGGCAGAUCAGGGAGGAUGGGGGGACUCUGAGGGAGAAGUAUGUGGAGAAGGAAAAGAGAACCAGCAAGAGCUACAGCAAUAUUUCAAGACCACUCAUUCCGCAAAAGUAA